AUGUCCGCCACCAUCUCUGCCUCGCAGAAGAAGGGCCCGACAAUAGACGCCCUCACUGCGAACCUUGAUUCCAACACGAUCAGCAACCCGGACCAGUCUGCCUUUGACCCUAGCGCCGUCUCCCCUGCCCAACUCAAGGAACUCCUGCUGGCAUACAUCGAUGACAAGGCCGUGGCAGCACCAGCACCAGCACCAGCACCAGCACCAAUACCAAUACCAAUACCAAUACCAAUACCAUCACAGCCUACCGACGGUCAGAAAGAUGCAAGUGCUGCCGCCGUUCCUGCGAUAGCUACCGGCGAUGCCACCAACAAGGAAACUGCCGCACCUCCGGCACCCCAAGCCAAAAGUCUGGUCAAGUACAUCGCCGAUCGAGUCGCCUACGAAGGUGGCGAGUUUGUCCUUCGCAUUGGAACACCAUUCCUCGAAAACACCACCACCCCUCCCAACGUCACAUACACCAAAGAGGAACUCUCAACAGCAACCGCCAACGUCGUCAAAGCCUCCAACCUUUCCGACGCCGACGCAUCCCUCCUUGACCACCAAACUCUCAAAGACGGUACCAAAUCAGCCCACAUCCUCAUCCGCAGAAUACCCGCUAGCGCCCAAGAGCUCGUCGAACUCCGCAUCGCAGUCAUCGGCAACGUCGACGCCGGUAAAUCCACCAUGCUCGGUGUUCUCACCAAAGGCGCUCUCGAUGACGGUAGAGGCAAAGCACGAGUCAACCUUUUCCGUCACAAGCACGAACUUGAAUCCGGUCGAACUUCUUCGGUUGGAAUGGAGAUCAUGGGUUUUGACUCCCAAGGUAAACCGGUUCACAAUACCGCCAGUCCAGGACAGGAGCCAGGUCGAAAGAUGUCUUGGGAAGAAGUAUGUGCCAAGUCGAGUAAGGUGAUUAGCUUUAUUGAUUUGGCGGGACAUGAGAGGUACUUGAAGACCACCGUGUUUGGUAUGACUGGUUGUUUGCCUGAUUUUGUCAUGUUGAUGGUAGGAGCGAAUGCCGGGUUGAUUGGCAUGUCAAAGGAGCAUUUGGGGAUUGCCUUGGCUUUGUCAGUGCCAGUGGUGGUGUGUAUCACCAAGAUCGACAUGACUCCUGCUCAUGUUCUCCAGACGACGCUCAAGCAGUUGACCAAGAUUCUCAAGUCGCCGGGAUGUCGUAAGACCCCAGUAUUCAUCAGCGAUAUCCGACAGGUCGUCGAGUCGGCACUGAGACUGGAGAGCGAGCGCAUCUGCCCAAUCUUCCAGAUCUCCAAUGUCACCGGUCUCAAUCUUGACCUUCUGCGAAGUUUCCUCAAUAUCUUACCCCAAGCAAGCGCGGCAAAGUUCCAGAUCAACCGGCCAUUCGAGUUCCAGAUUAGCGAUAUCUUUUCGGUUCCUUUCGUAGGCACCGUUGUCUCGGGUGUUGUGCUUGCUGGAAGCUGUAAAGUCGGCGACACAGCUCUCCUCGGGCCUGACAGUUUAGGUCAGUUCGUAACAACCUCGAUCCGCAGCAUCCAGCGCAAACGUGUCAAUGUUGACGGUGCGAUCGCCGGUCAAUCCGUCUCAUUUGCGCUCAAGAAGAUCAGGCGAAAUCAAGUCAGGAAAGGAAUGGUGAUGCUCGCUCGAACCGAAACCCCUCCCAAGUCACAUAUGGAGUUCGAUGCAGAGAUCCUAUGUCUCUAUCACUCAACAACACUUUCCGUGGGGAGCUGUAUGGUUCUUCAUGCAGCAUCGAUUAGGCAGACGGUGCGCAUUAUUGGCAUUGCCAAGUUGGAUGGGAAGCCGACGAUUGGGCCGGGUGCAGGGGCGGACGCGAACGGAGGUAAACCCGUGGUCAGGACUGGUGAUAGGGCAAUGUUGAGACUGCAGUUUAUAAGGUAUCCCGAGUGGGUAAAGCCGGGGAUGAAGCUGAUUACGAGAGAAGGGAAAACCAAGUUGAUCGGCGUGAUCAGGGCGGUUGGUCAGACUGGGCCACUGGGACCAAGUGCAACGAUGCAGGGGGGCACCAACAGCUAA